ACUUUGAAUCAAAUGCCUCAUUGCACCAAACUUCUUCAUACACCGUCCAUUUGUCAAAUACUCCUGUUACAUUUUUUUUUUCUUUUGUUAAACCUCGGCCCUGCCGUCCUGUAUUUAAAUUAUUUACCAGUACUACUACUAUUUAGGUCAUAAAGAUUACCUUAUUUAAUCCCUUCAUUGUCAUGCACAUCCCCAUUUUAGUGCCCGCUGCCAUCUUUUUCAUCUGCUCAUCUCAACAUUACAUUAUGUGCAGCUGCUGAAACAACUCUUAUUUAAUUGUAACAAUUAAAAAAGGUAAAAGCCUUUUCCUUUUCUUGAUUUAUUCUCAACUCCCUUGCAUCUUUGUUUUUUCUCUAUAUUUUUUUUUUUUGUCAUUUUUUUCCACCCCUUUUUUGAUCUUUUAGUGAAUCUUGCUUAUUCUUCUAUGGAAGAUAUUUAUGUUUCGUUUAUUUACUCUUUGAUUCCAUUUUUGACCGGUGCAGAUCAAAAAAGGCUGGUGGUAGAAAACGGCGGCGAUGUCUCAACUUCGUUGUUCCCCUCUUACGGGUUAUUAUCAUAAUCAGAAUCAAAGCCGUUGUCUUUCUGGUGUAUCGUCGAGAUUUUCUGAUAAUAGGCUCUCUUUUAACCCCUUAAAAACUAGUUCUAAACAAUUGGAUCAUGGUUUGUUGCUGAAGUAUCAAGUUCCUUGUUCUGGUGGAGGUGAUGGAGGAAGUAUCGGGAUCGGAAGGGGUAGUGGUGGUAGUGGAGGUGAUGGGGGUGGUGAUUGGAGUAAAGGUGGAGAUUCAGAUGAUUCAAAGUCUUCUUGGGAUGGUUUUGGACCAAUAGGUACUUUUGUUAACGGUUGGAGAUCAAGAGUUGCUGCGGAUCCACAGUUUCCUUUUAAGGUUCUUAUGGAGGAAUUGGUUGGUGUAAGUGCGAAUGUUCUUGGAGAUAUGGCAUCAAGGCCUAAUUUUGGCCUUAAUGAACUAGAUUUCGUGUUUUCGACACUAGUUGUUGGUUCGAUUAUGAAUUUCGUGUUGAUGUAUCUAUUGGCACCAACUGCAUCCGCUUCAAUCCAAACACUCCCUUCGAUUUUCGCAAAUUGUCCACCGAGCCACAUGUUUCAGCCUGGUUCUUAUGGUUUAUUGAGUAGGUUUGGUACCUUUUUGUUCAAAGGAACCCAGUUCGCUGCAGUUGGAUUUACUGCAGGUCUUGUUGGGACUGCAUUAUCUAAUGGUUUAAUCAAAAUGAGGAAGAAGAUGGAUCCAAAUUUCGAAACACCAAACAAGCCACCUCCAACAAUUUUAAAUGCUGCAACUUGGGCAAUACAUAUGGGUAUCAGUAGUAAUUUAAGAUAUCAAACACUUAACGGUGUUGAGUUUGUGCUAGCUAAAGGUCUUCCUCCUUUGGUAUUUAAGACCUCGGUUAUUGCUUUGAGAUGUGCGAAUAACAUUCUCGGAGGGAUGACAUUUGUCAUGUUGGCGAAGCUUACAGGAUCACAGAAAGCGGAUGAAGGAAAGGUUGUUCGUGUUGAGGACACACUAGUUGGAGAGAAAGAGACGUUGCUGGACCAGAAUGACAGUAUCCAUACUGCUGAUGCUGCUACAAAGUGAUUAUCGAUAUUUGUUUCAGAAACAUGCUAUCCAAAACAGGCUCCCUUUCUCCCGGUCGAGCCAUUUUCCCCCUUUUCUCUUAUUAUUAUAUUAUGAUCUAUAAUAAAAAUCAAUGCUGUCUCUUUAGUCCUAGAAAAUAGUCUUUCUGACUACUUGAAGGAGCUUGGAGUGUAUCAACCAUGUCUAACUUUGGUUCCAUAGAACAGAAUAGGAGUUUGCUGAUAUGGAUUUGAGGAUUGUUUUCUGUUCCUUUGUGUGGUUGAAGAUGAGAUGUUAUGUGAAAAAUAUCUUUAAGACAACAUUGUUUUGAUAUUAUUGUAUGGAAAGGUAAUUAACUAUAAUGAGGAAACGCACGCAAAAGGAUUUUCCUUGUUUUGUUGUA